AUGUCGACGAUAUGUUCAUUUGGAUAUAAGACGCGUGACAUUUUAGCACUACGUAGCUUAACACAAGGAACACAAAGAUUCAGUCCGGAAUGUACAGAAGAGCUAACAACGUUGUUGUGCACCGACAAAAUAUAUGAGAAUAUACCAAAGCACAUGCGUGUGAAACCUGGCAUGGUCAACAUGCAGUGGAAAAUUGAUAUUUCACUGUGCCAAAACAAUAUUCAGGCAGAAAACGCGAAUCAUGAGAGGUGCAAAGAAAUACUGCAAAGAGACACUCAUAUCAUUCUAACGUUCCAACUGACAGACGGAAAAACAAUUACGUAUAGAUUGUCUAUUGCUAAAUUUCACGAGUUGAGGUAUACAAUUGCGAGUGCGUUGAAAUCCAUGAUUGUGUUGGAGAAGAGGAAAUGUAUGAGCCGUGAUUGA